CGCGAGCCAUCUUUGCUGACAUCUUUCUCCUCAUCGGCUGGCCAAGCAUUGAAUGGGACAUCAUCACACAGCGCACCCUCGCGGUGUUUCGAUAUGGAGCCGUGGCUCCACGCGAUGAUCCUCUCUUGUUCGACGAGUUUGAUGCUCGCAAAGAUCGCUUCGAGCUUCUUCAGACAGAAAAGCCACAGUCAUUGCUUAGAAGGGCACGUCUUGGUCCCCAAUGCGGACCGAAAAGCGAUUGACCGUCGGUGCCAUCACUUGAGACAGCAUGUGUACCUGAUGUGACGCGGCUGUUUCCUGUGACAAGGCUAGAUCUACGCUUCAGUCAGUCCCUGUUGUGAACAGAUCAUAUCGUCUUGGGUGGUUCCCGUGACUUGCUAGAGUUUAAAGACUCGAGCUCUUUGACACGUGAUAUGCCACGAUGGAUCUCCGGAUUGGCCAUGACCACAUGGCAAUGAGCCUAGCCUCGAUGCAAAGAUAAUACAAUUGACCGAG